AAUUUACAGCUUUUGAUAACAAUGGAUUUGAAAUACCUUGCCAUUCUCACAUUCAUUGUAAGGCAUAUGGUAUCAUCCAAUAUUACAUCAGCAGCAGGAGGAACAGGUGAGGAUGGACCCAGCGCUCAUAAAAAAGGAAAGCUUGAAACAAAAUUUCGAUAUCCCAAUGAUGAACUACUCUCUGUUUUUAGACAAGUGGGACAUAUAAUUGUUAAUCACUUACCCCACGAAGAUUUAAAAAGUCUUAGCAAGGCACUCCCAAUGCUGUAUGAAUAUGAAUCUCCAAAUUACGAGUUAAACCGUCUAAAUAGAAUACUACAUUACCGGGACGGUAAAAUAACCCCUCGAAAUUUAGAGAAUGCUUUGGAACUCGUAUCUAGGAUGAAUUUCAUCGAUGAUCAACACCGAAAAUCCUUCGCGAUGAAUCAUUGGACACCAUAUCAAGCUAUUUUGUUUGGUAGAGAAAAACCGAUCAAUGCAAUAUUCACGGCAUACCAUCCUUGUUCAGUUCUGAUAUUCACAUCUUACAAGGAUCAUUUAGAAAUACUCGAGAGAUCCGCAUAUACAGAUAAGCCAUUCCAACCCGUUGAAAUAAAAGGAAGUCCAAUGAACGGAGUGAUUUUCCCAUACGAUUUAAGUUUCCCCUCGUACAAGCCCCUUUAUUUAUGGCAAAUCGAAGAUCUUGUACGCACAAAAUAUUAUAAAACAAAUUAUCUGGAAAACUAUGAAAUAAGUGUUCGUUAUGAUCCAGUGGAGAAUGCUCAUUAUGACACAGUGAAGUUGGUCAUUGUGAUUAGUAGCGGCCCCAAAUCUACUUAUGAUGACGCUGAAAAUAAAGCAUUGAACGUAAUCAAGGAAAUUCGAGAGAAAAAUGUCAACGCGCCAAUUUGCGUUGUUGCUCAAUCGGAUAAUCGAAAGAGGGCUUCAAACAUCAAUUCGAUAGGGGCUGGCAAAAUGUUAAAAUUCUACGGAACUGACGUAAAAGCAUCGACUCUUCUCGUGGAUAAAAAUGAUAACAGCGAAAUGUUGAAAACAAAGUUUGAAGACUGGAAGAAGGAAUUGCUCUUCUUUAACAGUCAUCAACUAAUAGCCUUCCAUUUUACCAAGAUCAAUGACAUCGAGCCGGAGGAUAGUGAAGAGAUAUUCAGUAAUACAUUUCCAAACAUUCCGCUAAGUACGUUACGUCUACUUGAUGAAUCAUCGAUGACUGGAGUUGACUAUCAAAUUGGGACGGAAUUUCGUUUCCAUGCUGGUCCUGUAUAUGCAAUUGUUGGUUUUCAACAAUUUGGAAGAAAGUUCGAAUAAAAUGAUUGAUUUUUGUUAUUGAUUGACUGUUUCAUAGACACAGUUCAGAUGAAUUUCGACAAGUAAUUCAACUGUUUUGUAAGCAGUUAAAGCCAUGAAGACAUUGUUAUGAAGAUGUGAUAAAUAUUUGGUAAUAUAUAAAAACGGA